AUGGCGGAAACCAUCGGCCUCAUAGCGUCCCUCGUUUCCAUCGCUGGUGCGGGGCUCACGCUCGCCCAAAAGCUACACGAUUACGGCGAUGGCGUUGCGUCGAGCGGUAAACGGACCCAAGAGAUAGCCUUUCAUGUUCGCUCCACGGCAACGGUCGUCGAAGAAGUAGCGAGUAUUUUCAAAGAAGAAGGAUCCGCUAGGCGGAAUCUCAUCUCUCAAAAGGCGGUUGAGACCGUUGAAGAUGUGGUAAAACAGUGUUCGGCGCUAUUCGACCAGCUUCAUCAGGUGCUGGACAACACGGGGAAUGGAGGUGGGCUGGGGAAGUUGUUGUUUCCACUGCGCGAGUCGAGAUUAGUGCUGUUGCAGAGUAAUCUCGAGAGAUUGAAGACGACACUGCAGUGUUUUAUGCAGGUCAUCAUCUAUGCGCGUGAUGACGACCAGAGCCAACGAAGGCUCAUCGAGGAGCUUAUUUCCCUGCGAAAACAAGCAGCUGCGACGUACGAGCGGGAUAAGAUCAAGGCUCAAGACGAGGAUGAGCGCGAGCCUUCAGGUCCAUUCCUGCCGAAUUGCAUCACAAUUCCUUCUGAACCGCAACUGUCAGCAGGGGAACCAACAGAGGACAAAGAAGCUCCUGCAUCAAUCGCAGCAAACGCCAACCACCUCGACCCGUCGUCCGUUCGGCGCCAUCAAGGCAGCAUUUGUUCAGAACAAAUAGAAGACACAAAUGAUGGUGCUAGAUCUCAGACGGAAAAGAGAGUCAGGCCCGAGUCACUUGCGACUUCAUCAGAGGAUCCCACAAGAGCCACAGAACCAGUCCAGGAUCACGCUAGGACUGGUCUCGACGGAGAAUCCCCUGAGCUCGCUCGAGCCUGGGAUGACCUCGUCCAUGCCAUUGAUCAGCUAGGGCACGCUUUAGCUGUGACCUGUUGUUGCUGCCGCGCGAAGCGCAAGAGUGAAACGGCAUUUUUACCGCCCCCCAGCAUCGUUCCUCCUCAGUAUUGCGACUACUACAGAACUCAUGAGAGUCUGGAGUCUUGGACAGGCUCUACACCACGGUCUGCGGCCAGUAGUUCAAUACACCGCGAAGCACUGCCAAAUCUGGAAGAGGCAACGUAUGCGGCAUCGGACGAGGUUGAUGAGCUAUUGGACCUGUGGACGAAUCUCAACCAGGAGUCCUCCGGCACCACCGCUGAGAAGAUUGAAGAAUGA